AUGGAUCCUCAAUUCUUAGCAAGUUUAGAGGAAACUCUGAAACAUGUUACUGCUCCUAGUACUGAGGCUAUUAAGUUAGCUUCUGCCAAGUUGCAAAAUGACUUUUAUACCAACCCUAAGGUCAUUCCUGCUUUAGUCCACCUUCUCCAGUCUCACCCUGAUGCUCAAAUUCGUCAGCUGGCUGGUGUCGAGGCUCGUAAACUUGUUGGUGAGUUCUGGACUCCUGAGAAAUUGCCCGAACAAGAAAUGACUUCUAUCAAAACCUCGAUUCUUCAAUCCACUUUACAAGAACAAACCCCCUUAGUUAGACAUACUUCUUCCAGAGUCAUUUCUGCUAUUGCAAAGAUUGAUGUUGACGAGGGAAAAUGGAACGAAUUGUUGCCAUUCCUUUAUCAAACCUGUAAAUCAUCUUCUGCUGCUGAGAGAGAGGUGGCUGUAUACAUUUUGUAUACUCUUCUUGAAGCUGAUGCUGAUGUUCUGAUUGAUGGCUCCGUCGAGUUGUUGCAUUUGUUUUCCCACACAAUUAAUGACCCUGAGUCUCUUCAAGUUCGUGUGUCUACUGUUCUUGGUCUUGGUAAGGUUUCUGAGAAUAUAGACACUACUGCAGUCGAUUCCAAGGCUCCUCAAGAUCAGAACCCUGUUGAGUUGUUCCGAGCUUUGUUGCCCUCAGCUGUCGAAGUUCUUAACCAAGUUAUUAGCUCUGACGAUGAGAAGUCGGCUUUACAAGUGUUUGAUGUAUUCAGUGGCUUAUUGGUUUGUGACUACGCCCUUAUUUCCAAGCACAUGAAAGAUCUCGUUAACUUCAUGUUGACUAAUAUUGCUGGUCAAAAACAACUCAGCGAUGAAAUAAGACUUGCUGCUUUGCAAUUCUUGCUAGCUGCUAUAAGGUUUAAGAAGAACAAGAUUCAAUCUUUGAAGCUUGGACCUGUCUUGACCAAUGCUGCCUUGGAAAUUUCUGCCGAACCUUUUGAUGAGGAAGAUGAUGAGACCAAUAAUGAGGAUGACGAAGAUACCCCUGCCAAGCGUGCUUUGUUGAUGAUUGAUGCCCUAUCAUCCAGUUUGCCUCCUACUCAAGUCAUGGCUCCUCUUCUGGCUGCUCUGCCUCAUUGUGCCAGUUCUCAAGAUAUCUUCCAGAGACGUGCUGGUUUCUUGGCCUUAUCGCAAGCUGUUGAGGGUGCUCCUGACUUUGUUGCCAACCAAAUCAGCGCUGUUCUUCCUUUGGUUGUUCAAGGUUUGCAAGAUGCCAACCAGAUGGUCAAGGUCAGUGCUUUGAUGGCACUUGCUCAACUUGCCGGUGAGUUGCACGAUGUCAUUGGUGAGCACCACGAGGCUUUGUUGCCUCUUGUCUUUAGCAUCAUGGACGGUGCUUCUAGCUUGAAGGUCGGUAAGAGUGCUUGUCUUGCUCUUGAUGCUAUCUUGGAGACUCUCGAGGCCGAUAUCAUCACUCAAAAGUAUCUUCCUGAGCUUAUUCCCAAGCUACUUCACUUGCUCAACCACACUAGCGAUUUGACUCUCAAGGGAUCGAUCGUUGCUGCCAUUGCAUCUGCUGCUUUCGCUGCUGGAAAGUCUUUUGAGCCUUUCUUCGUUCAUACUAUUUCUGCCUUGGAGCCAUUUAUCCGUGUCAGUGUUACCUCUGAAACUGUAAGCGAGGAAGAGCUUACUUUGUGCGGUAUCACCCUUGAUGCUCUCAGUGCUUUGGCUGGUGCUGUUGGAAAGGAGACUUUCCGUCCUUAUGUCCAACCUUUGAUUGAAGCUGCUUACAAAUGUCUUCAAUCGACUCAAAGUCGUCUCAAGGAGUGUGGUUUUAUUUUCUUGGGUACUUUGGCUAGAAUCUACGAGACCGAGUUUGCUCCUUUCUUGGGCAUGGUUGUCCCUGCUAUUUUUGCUUCUUUUGACCAAGACGAGUUUGCUGGUAUGGGAGAAGAAGAUGACGAGGCCGAGGAUGUCAAUAUUGGUCAAGAUGGUGAUGAGGAGGAUUUGCUCAACAAGUUCUCUGUCAACAGUGCUUUGGCUAUUGAAAAGGAGAUUGCUACAGAUACUCUGGGAGAGAUCAUUGUUGGCACCAAGGAGCACUUCAACACUUAUUUGGAGCAAGCUAUUGAGCACUUGAAACUGCUGACUGAUCAUUUCUAUGAGGGUAUCCGUAAGUCUGCAUUGAUCGUUUUGUGGAGAGCUUACGUCACAUUUUACAAGCAGACUCCUGUCAGUAAGCAAGCUUGGGUUCCAGGCUUUCCCUCUUCUGUUGUGUUGGCUGAACCUGCUGCUACUUUGCUCGAAGUAGCUCGUACCACUACCUUGAACUUGUUCUCGACCGAAGAUGACCGCUCUGUUGCUACUAUCAUCUGUGAUCACUUUGUUGAGGCUAUUCGUACCAGUGGACCUGUCGUUCUUGGAAGCCAAGAUGAUCUUGAGAAAUUGUGCUCUGAAGUCAUUCUCAUUCUCAGCAAGAGUCACCACUGUCAAGUCCAAGACGAGGACGACAUUUACGAUGGUGUCAAGCCCGAAGAGGAAGAAGGUGAUGGAGAGAAUGCUGAAUACGACGAGGUUCUUACUGAUAGUGCCAGUGAUGUUGUUGUUCAACUUGCCGCUGCUUUGGGACCCCAAUUCCUUCCUCUUUUCCCUACAUUUUUCGGGCUUGUCUCCAAGUAUGCCACCAGUAAGAGUUCUCAAGAGAGAGCCUCUGGUAUCGGUGCUUUGUCGGAGAUUAUUAAUGGUUUGAGAAGCAACGUCACUCAGUGGACUAAGGAGCUCAUGCAGCUUCUUCUCCACGCUCUUGGAGACGCUGACUUGGAAGUGAGAAGCAAUGCUGCUUAUGGUGUUGGUCUUCUUAUCUUGUACAGUGACGACGUCGAGACCUGUAAGAGUCACUACACCACCGUCUUGCAAAAGCUUCAAAGACUUCUCAAGAAGGUUGACAAGAAGAAGCGCAAGUCUUUCGGUACUGAGGAAGAAGACAACAGUGCCAGAAGUUUGGCCAAUGCCUGUGGAUGUGUUGCCCGUAUGAGCAGCAAGUACCCCGAACUCGUCCCCUUGGCCGAGGUUGUGCCAGUGCUUGUGAGCAGACUGCCUCUUCAAGACGGCUUUGAGGAGAACACGCCCAUCUUUGAGUUCAUUCUUAAGUUAUUCGAGCAACGUGAGCCAUCUAUUGUUCAACUCCGAGCCGAAAUUGUCCAAAUCUUCAACGAAGUGUUCCAAAAGCAAGCCGAGCUUGAGAAAGAAGAGGACAACAAGAACAUUGGACCUGGAUCCAUUGUUAAGCCAUUUGAGAACGACGAGAUCCGUGCCAAGGUUGUUGCUUUACUCAAGUUCCUUGAGCAAGAACAACCUGGUCUGGUCUCAUCGCACCCCAUUCUGGCCCCAGUUAUUGCAUAA